UUGCCUGCUUUGAGCUGCCUGCCUGUGAGGCUUAUUGUGCCAUGGGGUGCAGCAGAGAUUGGGUUACGAAGCCUCCUCCGUUUAGGAUUAGAAGGGCAGGAGGUAAUUAGUUAAUUGUGUUUCUUUAGCCCCCGCUUUCUUUUGUGUGUCUUCUAGAUCUUUAAUCCCGGAAACCUGAUGGAUGGACCAUGUUUUCUCCUGACAACGCUGCGCAAAAGCAGGGAAAUGUCUGUAGCAACCGAGGCUCCUAGGAAAUAUGAUUCGAGGCAUCAAGGACGAGAUGAAAGGAGGACGAGAGCAUUAAAUAAGAAGAGGGCCAAUGGAAGCCAAAUGGAGAAGAGCUAAGCUAUAGUUUGAGAAUCUAGGACUAGCUUUCAAGGUGACCUCAUUCCUUCCUAACAGGACCAUGGAUUGGUUUGGGCUAAAUCCCUCGAAAUCUCAGCUCCGCUGUUAAAUAGAUGGAGCUGCAUGUCUCCACGGCUGUUUCCCGAAACCAGGGCCCGCUGAGAAAGAUGACCAACAUGGAUAGUCCGGCUGAAGUUCUUCCUGCGAGGUCCUUUUCCAACAAUGAGGCAGCUUCUCAGAUGAAGGUCUUGGAUCACCUGGAGCCAAGGGACCUGCCCACAGCUUCUCCUCGGCGCAUGGCCGAUUUUUCCAUCCGUUCCAUCCUGGCUGUGGAUGGUUCUGAAGGAGAAAAAGGGGAUUGCAAGGAACCAUCUGGAGACCCCAAGGAGAUCCAAGGCUGCUCUUGGAUCAACUGCACUCGCUGCAAGCCUCCUGGCGCUCCAAAGGUGAAGCAGGCCGGCAGCCCUUGGCCGGUCUCCCGCAGCCCCCGGGUGCCCUUCUCGGCUGCUCAACUGGGAGUCCUGGAGAACAGCUUCCAGCAAGCCUACUACCUUAGUACCGGGCAGGUGAGGGAGUUGGCACUGCUACUGGGACUCACAGAGAACCGGGUAAAAAUUUGGUUCCAGAACCGGCGUGCUCGUGAACGGCGGGCCUUCUUGAAGCAGUAUCCAAGUGGCCGCAUUGGCACGAAGGGCAACCUGCUAAAGGGCCAAUACCAUUUGGGAUGGCAUUAAAACCAAGCUAAGGCAACAGGGAUGAAGUUGCAUAGGCUCCCCUCUUAAAUUGUUAUUUUACCCAUCAAGCCCCAGUUCUUAAACUCGGCAACUCUUAGGGCCUUUUCACACCAUUCCUUAACACCAUAAUAUUCCAUUUGAAAUCCUCUCCAGGAUAGUGGAUACUUUCUAUUGCAUUGCUACUACAUUUGUGCUUUAAGAGCGUCAUUUGUAUGUUUUUGUCCCCACCAAUAACAUAAAUACCCUUGCUUUGAGA